UUCCUCUAUCUGUGGUUCAUCUGACUGAGUUGCAGCACAGAACAGUGAGAGAGUAUUCUGACCCGUCUGCUGCCAACAUGGACCAAGACAUUGUGGGACACAUUGUCCUUCUGGUCAUUGUAACACUUUUAAGUGUCAUCCAAAAUGCUUAUUUUGCACAUAAAGUUGAAGACGAAAACAAGAAAACAGGCAGAACAGUUCAGCGGGCUGCUCCAUCUGCUUUUGACCGUGUCUAUACUGCCAACCAAAACUGCAGAGAUGCCUACCCAAUGUUUCUUGCUGUGCUCUGGUGUGCAGGCUUGCUGUGUAGCCAAGCCCCUGCUGCUUUUGCUGGACUGAUGUAUCUGUAUGUGAGGCAGAAGUACUUCAUUGGCUACAUGGGGGAAAGGACUCAGAGCAUCCCUGGUUACAUGCUGGGAAAACGCCUCAUGUCGUUCAUGUUCCUUAUGUCUGUGGCUGGAGUCCUCAACUACUACCUGGGCAUCAUUUUUGGAAGUGACUUUCAGAUGUAUAUAAAAACCAUAUCCAAUACCAUCUCUCCUCUGUUGCUUCUUCCUUAAAUCUCUGCAGAGAGGAAAGGGAGGAGGUGAUAGAGAAUGGAGGAAGUCACUGUGCUUAGCCAAUCAAUAUCCAGAAGCAGAUGUUUGAAAUCAACCUACAAAGCCCCUCUUUAGAUUGCCAUAAAUCUAAUGCUCCCAAGGGCUUUGUAGUUUUGAUUUAACACAGCUUUUUUCCCCUAAAAGAAAAUGAUUUAUCAUGUGCAGUUGGCAUAUCUUAGGGAGAAGAGUAAUAUUUUCUGUAAAUUAUUAGGUCCCCUUCUAGAAAUGAGUAUGUCACUGAAUUUUUAAGAGCCAGGUUCCCCCCCCCCCACUUUGCCAUUAUUUUUUAUUUUACAAGAUGCAAGGCCUUUGUGCUAAUUGUAG